UGCCUCGUACUUGAGCAGUGUUUUGCUUUACCUCCUGAAGAAGUGACAGGCGUAACGUUACGGGAGAAGUUUUUUUUUUUCUAGCUUCGCCUUUCCUCUUCAUCAUGGAGGUUCAAGCACAUUUCUCCCGGGAGGAAAUCAACAGCACGGUGUGGGAAGUCCCGGAGAAAUACACACGACUCAAACAGAUAGGGACCGGGGCGUACGGCUCGGUGUGCUCAACAAUAAAUGAGAAGACUAAAGAGAAAGUGGCCAUUAAGAAGCUCCACAGGCCCUUCCAGUCAGAGAUCUUUGCUAAGAGGGCCUACCGAGAGCUUCGACUGCUCAAACACAUGAAGCAUGAAAAUGUGAUAGGACUUCUUGAUGUGUUUACACCUGCCUCGUGUUUCGAUGACUUUCAAGACUUCUACCUGGUGAUGCCUUACAUGUUUACUGACCUGUCCAAGGUGCGAGGUCACCUCUCAGAAGACAAAGUCCAGUUUCUUGUCUACCAGAUGCUUUGUGGACUCAGGUACAUUCACAAGGCUGGAAUCAUCCACAGGGAUCUUAAGCCUGGAAACUUGGCUGUGAACCAAGACUGUGAACUGAAGAUCCUGGAUUUCGGGUUGGCUCGCGGUGCUGAUGCUGAGAUGACGGGCUACGUGGUGACCCGUUGGUACAGGGCGCCUGAGGUCAUUCUGAACUGGAUGCACUACACCCAGACUGUGGACAUCUGGUCUGUGGGCUGUAUUAUGGCAGAAAUGAUCAACGGAAGAACCCUUUUCAAAGGGAAAGACUACAUGGACCAGCUGACUCAGAUCUUGAAAGUGACUGGAGUACCUGGAGCAGAGUUCAUACAGAAGCUGGACAGCCUAGAGGCCAAAAAUUAUAUUAAGGGUCUUCCUCACUAUCCCAGAAAAGACUUCUCAACGUUGUUCCCCAGAGCCAGUGCAAAGGGUAUCGACCUGCUGGAGAAGAUGCUUGUUCUGGACGGAGACGAGAGGCCCACAGCCGAACUAGCCCUCGAGCACCCAUAUUUUGACAGCCUGAGGGAGCCAGACGACUUUCCUGAGCCUGCGACAUACGAUGACAGCCAUGACAACGCCGCACUGUCCCUGGAUGAGUGGAAGCGGUUAUGUUUCAGAGAGGUGAAAAGCUUUGUCCCAUUCCCACGGCGGGACUCCAAGAGAAAAAACACCCUGACUAUGUCUCCGUGACCUGAUGAAUGUCUUGUAACUACUGAUGCCCCAACCUACACAGCAUACUGCCAAUGGUGCCCUUGUAUAUUUCAACCAUGGAUUCACUCGAGUUCUUUUAUCCUUGAUAUGUUUAGAUUUUGAAUCAGUAUUCAGAGAGUGAAAACUGUCAUACUUUUUUUUUUUUGUGCAAUUGUUUUGUCAGUGUAAAUUGCUGUUUAUGUUACACAUUCCUUAUGAGCGGAUUGUCUGUGACCCAGAGUCACAGGGUUUACUGUAAGAUUUACUGUAAUGUUGUUUUACAAUUAAACAAUAAGACAA